GUGUCAUUUGGUCUUCUAUAGGGUUACAUCCAGUAAAUGGUGAUGCAUGCUUUCCCGGGCGGUGGCAGCGUUGACUGUAUCUACCUCCUGUGUGCAGUGUUUGGUGUGGAGUACUGCAGUGCUGUUUUGCCAGGUUACUACAAUAUUGUAAUGCACUGGCUUUUUGCUGAGCCUUGGAUGUAGACUUGUGAAUUGGCUUAACAAUGGCUGAGUUACUUUUGCUCACUGGUCAGCUUUCACAGAGGGUAUUCCGAAAGUUGCCACCUCGAGUCUGUGUUCCUCUGAAAAACAUUGUUUAUGAAGAGUUUUUACAAGCAGGGCAUAUUUUCCUGGGCUUUACAAAGUGCGGGCGGUACGUGCUGUCCUAUACAAGUGACAGUGGGGAUGAUGACUUUUCCUUCUACAUCUAUCACCUGUAUUGGUGGGAGUUCCACAUUCACAAGAAGCUGAAACUGGUGCGCCAAGUUCGUCUCUUCCAGGAUGAAGAGAUCUAUAGUGAUCUAUAUCUUACUGUAUGUGAAUGGCCUAGCGACAGCUCUAAGAUCAUAGUUUUUGGCUUUAACACACGUUCUGCAAAUGGCAUGCUGAUGAAUUUGAUGAUGAGUGAUGAGAACCACCGAGAUAUUUACAUUAGCGUUGUGGCGAUGCCUCAGUUCACCCAAUGCUCCGAUUGUAGGGACAGAGCUCUGACACGCUCAGGUGGCCUGAACAGCCUGUGUUUACAACACAGCUUCAUGCUUCAUACAAAGUACCAAGUUGUGUAUCCUUUCCCAACAUUCCAGCCUGCUUUUCAGUUAAAGAAGGACCAUGUUGUAUUGCUGAACACCAGCUUUUCACUGAUCGCAUGUGCUAUAUCCGUCCAUCGGACAGGGGACUCAGAACAUGGCCAGAUCCUUUACCACAAAAAGAGCUGCCAACAGAAAGAAGUUGGAGAUUUGUCAUUACCUGAAAAAAACCCUGGUGGGGGAUUGGUUUUGCCUGAAACAUUUGGUGUAUGUACAUGUGAUUCUCGGAGUGAUGUGUUGGAGUAUUCAGCAUGCACUGAAGAUGGGAAUGGUACUGUUCAUUCACGACCUCCUAAUGCUGCCCCUGGGGGCAGCACAGCACUAACUGAUGAGUCUCCAGUUCUCGCCAGAGCUAGGCAGUUUGUAGCUGACAUUUUCAGGAGGGCCAGAGUGGCUAGUGCUGACGAACUUAAGGUUUGUGUUGCUACAGGAGAGAGCACGGAUGUAGAGCAAAGUGAGCGCACGGACUGUAACCCAGCAUCAGUUUCCUCAGGUACACUAGGGAGUGUAUUGGACAAAUGCUGUUCCUGCACAUGUUCUGCAUCAUGUUGCUGUUCAGGGGUGUCUGUUUCCAAGCACAAAACAUUGCCACAUGAAGAAAGUGACACACUAGCUGCAAACAGUUCUGUUGACAUUGUAGCAGAUCCUUGUACUUCAUCAUUCCAUGGUCCAGAGUCCAGCAGUCGGAUGGGAGAAAACCAUCAGACUGAUACAGGCUACAUGAAUUAUACCAAACUGCGCUAUGUCCUUGACCCUGUUGGAUACAUAGAGCAAGAGUGUGAGUACGAAGAUGACAAAAUCUCAUUGCCAUUUGUUGUAACUGACUUAAAAGGAAGGUGUUUGCAGCCCUUGAAGGACAAUGCUUCAGUUCAGGGACCAUACCUAACUGUGGAACAACUGUCCCUGGACUUUGAAUAUGUCAUCAAUGAAGUUAUUCGCAACGAUGCCAGUUGGUCCAAGCAGUUCUGCUCUUUCAGCGAUUAUGAUAUUGUAAUUCUAGAGGUAUGCCCUGAAACUAACCAAGUGGUGAUUAACAUUGGGCUGAUGCUUUUGGCAUUUCCUUUGCCCACUGAGGAGGGACAGCUCAGACCAAAAACCUACCAUACCAGUCUGAAGGUUGCUUGGGAUCUUAGUACUGGCCUGUUUGUUACUGUCAGUGUGGGAGAUCUGACAGAGGUAAAGGGACAAACCAGUGGCAGUGUGUGGAGCUCGUAUCGCAAGAGCUGUGUAGACAUGGUGAUGAAGUGGUUGGUGCCAGAAAGCAGUGGUCGUUACGUCAACAGGAUGACAAAUGAAGCGCUUCACAAAGGUUGUUCCCUUAAAGUGUUAGCCGACAGUGAACGAUACACUUGGAUUGUUCUGUAAUGCCCAGAGUGGAAUGGCAUUUCUGGAAGAACUUGUGUAUUCUACACAGUAAUAUGGAACUGAAGAUAUCUGCAAGCAAGACUGUACAUGAACUUGAAACACUACCUCUAGGGAAUUUUAUUUCAUUUACUGUAACUGCAUUGUGAAUAUGAUUGUGGUGCUUUCAGUGAAAGUGAUGCUUGCUAGGAGAAAUACCUAAACUCACCGAAGCAGACAUAUGAUUUUGGGUAUCAAUGGGCUGCAUCCCAGAAGGGACAGCAGCGAGUCUGGCAGAUAGUUGCAGCAGUGUUGAAGCUGUCGUCUUUCCAAUGUUAGUGGCACCAUGUUAGUUGGUGUUCAAGUAUUGAAACCCUUGGAAGAGAGGUCGAACUCUGCAGAUGUCAGCAUUUUUUCCACUCGACGGUAUUGAAGUUAUGCACAUUAUUGUACUACGGAGACCAUUACCCGUGUUGUUGGGACUUUGUUAACCUUGAACAAAAAAGGGAAUUCGAAAUGGACAGUGGAAGUUAAGCAGUUUCAGCGUUUGCCAACAUUUUUAUUGAAUUAUAAAAGUUAUGUAUGAAAGCUUAGAUACUCUCCUUUCAUGUUUAAUCAGCUACAAUCUCUGAUCUGGGGAGUAAUCUGAGCCAGUUUAAUCUUCAUGUCAUUAAACGUAUGCUUAUCACAACAGUCAUGGAAUAAGAUUUCCAAAAUGAAAUGUUAUUGAUUAUUAAAUAUUAUGUUGGCAUUGCAUUACCUCUUCCUGGUCUGACAUUUUAAGAUGUAUAAAAGAACGCUUUGUGUGUUGUGUACUUUUUUCAUAGCUGCUCCACAGCAGGAAUAAAAAUGACUCUGCUGGGACUUCUGGCAGAGUUUGAUUGAAGGUCA